AUGGAACCUAAAGGCUUGUCCAAUUUAUUCAUGAAGUUUGGUGUUGUUAAAGAUGUUUUCAUACCACACAAGAGGAGACAAGUAACACAAUCAAGAUUUGGAUUUGUGAGGUUUAGUUGUGAAGUCGUAGCAAAAGUAGCACUGCAAAAAGCUAAUGGGUUAUGGGUGGAUGGCAAGGUACUAUUGGUGAAGAAUACUGAUUUUGGAAGGGAAAGAAAGGUGGAUGGCCUAAUGCAAUCUCAACCAAGGAAUCAAAUUGUGCAAAGAUCUCAUCAAGCAAAAGACAAGAAGGCUGAGAACCAAUUCAUGGGGCAGAGAACUUUUGUGGAUACAGUAAAAAGGAGCAAUACUAGGAAUGAAAGAAAUAGUGGCAAGAAAGGGUGUGGUCGUGAGAGGAUACUGUCCUUUAAGUCGAAUGAGGAGUUGAAAUCUAAGGUGAAGGCAGUAAGGAAAUGGUUGGGGAUUGAUGUGAGGAUAUAG